AUGUACACGAACAGUGCACUAAGCCGUGUAACGCGGGUUUUUAUACUAACGUUGGUACUUGACACGCUACAAUCUCUGUCACUACUCGUACGCGAUGAUGAGCUUCAGUGCACGGGGGGCGUUUGUGUGCCCAAUUUUUUGUGCCUCAACGGGGCCAUUAACGUUAACGGCGAAGGGUUGAUCGAUUUACGUUCCGGUAGCGUUGAGUGUCCUGUGGAUAUGGUUUGCUGUAAAGAACCGAAACAAUCUGACAUAAUUGAAUCACCAGUUUGUCAGGGAAUAUGUGUUCCGACUCAGUCCUGCUCGAAUGGAAUAAUUAAUACCACAGGGAAGGAUUUGAUUGAUCUGAGAUACAACUCUGAUGGAUGUGAAGAGGGUUCAAUCUGCUGUCAGUUCGAAGAAGAAGGUGAACAAACUUCUACGAUCUGUGGUGGAAGGUGUGUUUCAAUUUCGGAGUGCCCUAAUGGUAGUAGAAAUUCGAGUACAUCAAACGUUGCAUGCCCAGACGACCUUAUCUGUUGUGAUGAUUCUGAGUUCAUUCAAUUGCUAAGUACCAGCGAUGUGUGCCAUUGCGUCCCCCUUCAUCAAUGUUUGGAUGAUACAAUCCACACUGGUACUGCCGAAAUGAUAGAUUUACGGUUCUCUGAUAAAAAUUGUCCCGCCAAUGAAAUCUGUUGUCUGAACAUAAGACCAAGCGAGCCUGACAGCGCAUCCAAAAACAACUGCAAAGGGACAUGUGUUCCCUUCUCCCAAUGUAUUAUGGAUAGCGCAUAUGAGAACUCAACGGAAAAAAUUGACCUGCGGCUCUCCGAUGAUUGUCCAAAUGAAACAGUUUGUUGUGAACACGUUUCCAGCAUAGAUGUUCAGAUUCCCAAUGUAUGCCAAGGAACAUGUAUUCCUUACGAACAGUGUGAACUUACUAUAUCUAGUGAAGAAUCGAAGGCCUGUGGCAAUGGAUUAGUUUGCUGUACACAGCCACCAAUUAUCGAAUCUCAGAGUGAUUGCCAGUGCAUUCCUGUUGGGCAGUGCUCAGAUCCUACAAAAUCAACGGCGGAUGCAAGUUUAGUUGACUUGAGACUAGGUGAUAGUGGCCAAGAGUGUCUCCCGGGCCAGAUGUGCUGCAAAACUCCUAUAUCCUCAAAUAGAACCGAAAUUUAUUGCAGCGGUCAAUGUGUUCCUGUACAACAUUGUAAAAAUACUGGUGAGCAUCUAUUUGAUUUGCGAGGAACCCAAGGUUGUAUCGACAACUUCAUAUGUUGCAGUGAACCAAUUAUAGAGAUCCCAUCAAUGGAACUUGAACCUCCCGCCAAUGGAGUUUGUGACGGAUCUUGCGUCCCUGUUGCCUCAUGUGUCGAUAGUGUGCAAAGCGAUUCUAUUGAUUUAAGAACCACUGAUGCUUGUGGAGCAGAUCUAAUUUGCUGUCAAAAUGUUGAACGAACUCCAGAUAAACCAGGAACCCCACUCGACAAUCUAGUCUGCAACGGAACAUGCGUACUAUACAACCAAUGCUCCGAUGUUAAUGCUGUAGAUCUGCGACUCUCGGCCAAUGCAUGUUCUCAGGGGCAAAUCUGUUGCCAAAGACCAUCUACUCAACCCGAAGAAUGGGUAACGAUAGAUACACCUGAUGCCUUAUUCAAUAAUCAAGAUUGCAACGGAACAUGUAUUCCUUACAAUCAAUGCUCUGAUGUUAAUGCUAUAGACUUGCGACUUUCGGCCAAUGCUUGUCCUCCGAACCUAAUCUGCUGCCGUGGAACACUUACUGAAACUGAAGUAUUAGAUGAACCUGAGAUUCCAUCCGAUAGUCAAGAUUGCAACGGAACCUGUGUUCCUUACAACCAAUGCUCCGAUGUUGAUGCUAUAGAUUUGCGACUCUCAGCCAAUUAUUGUUCACAGGGGCAUAUCUGUUGCCAAAGACCAUCUACUCAACCCGAAGUGUUGGUAACUACAGCUGAACCUGAGGCUCCAUUCAAUGAUCGUGUCUGCAGCGGAUCAUGUGUGCCAUACAACCAAUGCUCCGAUGUUAAUGCUAUAGAUCUGCGACUCUCAAUCAAUGCUUGUCCUUCGAACCAAAUUUGCUGCAGAAGAACAUUUACUGAAACUGAAGUAUUGAUACCGUUAGAUAAACCAGAAAUUCCGUCCAAUAAUCAAGCUUGCAAUGGUACAUGUGUUCCUUACAAUCAAUGUUCUGACAAUGCUAUCGAUUUACGAAUUUCCGCAAAUCCUUGUCUUUUGGACCAAAUCUGCUGUCGAAGAACAUUCACCGAAACUGAAGUAAUGUUAUCAGUAGAUAAACUAGGGACUCCGUCCAAUAACCGAGUUUGCAACGGAACAUGUGUUCCUUACAACCAAUGCUCCGAUGUUAAUGCUAUUGAUUUGCGACUCUCAGCCAAUGCUUGUCCAUCGGAUCAAAUCUGCUGCCAAACACCAGUUGCUCUUCCGGAAGUGUUAUCGAAACCAAAAACAUGUAGUGGAGUUUGCAUACCAGCUCAACAUUGCCGUGACUCAUCUAGUGAUGUCGAUCUCCGUUUCGAGAAAACAGACGAUGGAUGUUCAGGUAACCUGAUCUGCUGCAUGACUCCUCCCAAGAUGUCUCCCGCAGAAGUCAUGUGGACACAGUGGAUUACCGAUAUCAAUAAUAUGAUCGAUCAUGGCAGUGGCAUUCAGGAUAGUAAAUGCUCGCUGAAAAUCAAUCGUGAUAGUCCUUAUGUUUCGAGAGAAGAAAUACCCUGGCUAGUGACGGUUUGGAGCAAACAAAAUGAGUACCGAUGCGUGGGGUCACAAAUUGGAGCUGAUGCAGUUCUCGUUCCGGCUGAUUGUGUUGCGGAUAGUUCGUCAUCCCAGUUGUACGUUAGAAGUGGAGAUUAUGAAUUGAACUCGUCGCAUAAUAGACAUGAACAUCGAAUCACAAAAACCAUAAUUCAUCCAAAUUACGUCAUAGGCCACAAUUACGCUAACAUCGCCCUACUCUUCCUGGCAGAGAAAAUUGGCAAGGGUCACCCAGCUGCAUGCCUACUCGAGUUCAGCGAGAAAUUAAACUAUCGUGAUUGCUAUCUAGUUGGUUGGAACAGCUGGGAUCUGGGCUCGGACGUAACAAAUUAUCCAACCCUACCAAGAAAACAUCAUUUGACCAGCGUUAGUUAUGCAAAUUGUCCGCUAGAUUUUUUGUGCACGAUGAAGAAUGAGUCUGCUGCAAAUUGUGGUAAUCUUCGUGGAUCACCAUUGCUAUGCAGGAAUCAAAUCGAACGACUUUGGAAACUAGCUGGAUUAGCUAUGGCAAACAACGAUCUAUGUGAUUAUAACGCCAUACCGGAAAGCAUGCUGAAGAUCAGCUCGUACCAACCGUGGAUCAAAGAACAACUAUCGCCCAGUUUCGUCCAGAAGCCAGCCGCCCUUGACCCGACGCGAUGGUACCUACCCAUUGUGUGACGAAAAAGAAAAUAAAACUGACAAAUAGCUGCAGGCGAUCGUUUCGUCAUCUAUAGCCAACUUCAUCAAAUUGUUAUUCGCUGUGAGGACUGUUCAAAUUGCAGCAUAUUAUUAUACCUGACAGAAAUAAAAAUUACGUAAUACCAUCACAAUCCGAAAGCUGUGCCGCCCAUCUUUGGUUCAUCGAUCAACGCAAAUCUGACUUUCUUGCACAAAUGUACGCCGAGAGUUUAAGGUCACUCUCAGUUCAAACACAACUUACCACGCUGAUAUCUGUUUGCACACCCCGUUUUGAAUUGUUUCGUGACUUUUCAGUUGCUUGAGAUCCAUCAUGAGACAAUAUCAGACAAAAUAUGAAUAUCUUCGAGUGUUGCCUGGCGAAAUAAAACAAGUUUCCUCAUAUGUACAUUCAGGAAAUGGAUUUUAUUAUUCAAUAUGAGUUAUUUCACUGAAAUAAAAAUGGAUUCAAGA